AUGGAUGAAGUUGUCACUCAAGGUUCAUCCCUUUGUUUUCCCUGGUUUUGCAGGUAUGGCCUGUCUGGCAGUGAUGUCCUGGACAACGUGGCCUACGCUCGGGGCUUUAACACCGACCACCAGACCCAGCUGCUGUACCAGGCCUCGGCCAUGAUGGCUGAGUCACGGUACGCACUGCUGAUCGUGGACAGCGCCACGGCCCUGUACCGCACGGAUUACUCGGGAAGGGGGGAGCUCUCUGCCAGGCAGAUGCACCUGGCCAGGUUCCUGCGGAUGCUGCUGCGCCUGGCGGACGAGUUCGGCGUGGCCGUGGUCAUCACGAACCAGGUGGUGGCACAGGUGGACGGAGCUGCCAUGUUUGCUGCAGAUCCCAAAAAGCCCAUCGGAGGCAAUAUCAUUGCUCAUGCUUCCUCCAUGGGGCGUGGCCAGGGCCGUGACCGAGGCUCCGAGGGGCGGGGCCGGGGCUCCGAGGGGCGGGGCCGGGCCCGGCUCAG